AUGAACUUCCUUUGCUCCUUUGCACUCACUCUCCUUUUCUCUCUCCUUUCUAUUUCCUCUUCUUCUUCAGACAUCUCUCAACUAUUUGAAACAUGGUGCAAAGAACAUGGUAAAGCUUACACUUCGCAGGAAGAAAAGUCUUAUAGACUUAAAGUAUUCGAAGACAACUAUGAUUUUGUUACAAAACACAACAACAAGGGUAAUUCUUCUUAUACCCUUGCUCUUAAUGCCUUUGCUGAUCUAACCCAUCAUGAGUUCAAGACUUCUCGGUUGGGAUUCUCUGCUGCUCCGAAUCUUGUUCAGCGAAAUCUAGAAAUUACUGGGGUUGUUGGUGAUAUUCCUGCUUCAAUUGAUUGGAGGAAGAAAGGGGUUGUGACCAAUGUCAAGGAUCAAGGGAGCUGUGGUGCUUGCUGGUCAUUCUCAGCUACUGGAGCCAUCGAAGGCGUCAACAAGAUUGUCACUGGAUCCCUUGUUAGCCUUUCAGAACAAGAGUUGGUUGAUUGUGAUAAAAGUUACAAUAGUGGCUGUGGCGGUGGACUCAUGGAUUAUGCAUUCCAAUUUGUCAUAGACAAUCAUGGGAUUGAUACUGAGAAAGAUUAUCCAUACCGAGCACAGGAUGGAACCUGCAAUAAGCAAAAGUUAAAAAGGCAUGUUGUGACUAUUGAUAAAUAUGUUGAUGUGCCUCAAAACAACGAGAAACAGCUCUUACAAGCUGUGGCAGCUCAACCUGUGAGCGUGGGUAUAUGCGGCAGUGAGAGAGUGUUUCAAUCGUAUUCAAAGGGGAUUUUCACUGGCCCAUGUUCAACUUCUUUGGAUCAUGCUGUAUUGAUUGUAGGAUAUGGGUCAGAGAAUGGAGUGGAUUACUGGAUUCUGAAGAACUCAUGGGGAACAAGUUGGGGAAUGAGUGGUUAUAUGCAUAUGCUGCGCAACGGUGGCAAUUCUCAAGGGGUCUGUGGAAUCAACAUGCUAGCUUCCUAUCCAGUAAAGACGAGCCCAAAUCCACCACCUCCACCUCCACCAGGACCCACUAAAUGUAAUCUUUUUACUUACUGUGCAGCAGGAGAGACCUGCUGUUGUGCACGCACAUUUAUUGGAAUAUGCAUUUCAUGGAAGUGCUGUGAAUUGGAUUCUGCCAUAUGUUGUAAAGACCGACUCCACUGUUGCCCCCAUGAUUAUCCAGUUUGUGACACAGACAGGAACAUGUGCUUUAAGCGUGCUGGCAAUGCCACUAGAAUGGAAGCAAUCGAGGGAAAAAAGUCUGGGAAGUUUGGCAGUUGGAAUUCCCUUCUUGAAGCCUGGAUUCUGUAA